AUUUAUCAAGUUCAACACACGAAUCUAGAUUUUCUUGAAAACGAUAAAGGAUAGUUUACUACAAAACGCCAAACAUGAGAGUUGAAAAAGUCAGAGAGAAUAUUUUUCUUGCUAGAAUUCAACGAAGGGUAAUUUCGUAAUUUCCCUAGUCAUAGAUGAAGGUUCUCCGCCGUGUUCCUCCGUCGUAAUCAAAUAUAAUUCAAUGCAAUCAAACACCACACACAGUUGACUUCAGAUUCAACGGCAAAUGGGAUCUUCAAAAGAUCCCAACUUUCUCCUUUAAUCAACGACACAAAAAUCCCAAAAACAACUCCCUUUGCUUCUUUUUCUUCAUCACUUGAUUCACUUUAAUCGAUUUUCAGGCACCCAUCGCCGAUGGGUUGUGUGUACAGCUCAGAGUCCGGCAGCAGUCGAACAAACCUACCGACAGGGUCGUCUUCUUCUUCAUCUGGAACUCCAUCAAUAUCAAAAUUGCAGCUCAGUCCAGAUCUAACAUCUUAUCAAGAUGCUUGCCGAUCAGAUCCAGAUCUCCAGUCGUUGGAUUCGUCGCUUCAAUACCGAACAAGUCGGGUCAUAAAUUCUCUGGCCACCGGCGUCGAGGUCCGUUCACUUUCCCUUGACUCCCUUCGUGAAGUCACCGGAAGUCUUCUCGAUAUGAAUCAGGAAGUAGUCAACAUCCUAAUUGAAUCAAAAGAAGACAUUUGGAAUAACGAGGAAUUGUUUUCCUUAGUUAAAGAUUUCUUCGAUCUUAGUAUCCUAACUCUAGAUUUCUGCACAUCGCUAGAGGAUUGCUUGAAAAAUGCUCGAUAUAGCUUAUCAUUUCUCCAGAUUGCGAUCAAUCAGUUCGAUGGAGAUAAUGAUUACUUAAAAACCCUAGAACAGUUCAAAAAAUUCGAAGCGUUAGAAGGUCCAUUCUCCGAAGAAUUUUUCGAACUGUUUCAAUCUGUAUACAAACAGCAACUCUCAAUGCUGAAAAAACUACAAAUCCAAAAAGGUAAAGUAGACAAGAAGCUGAAAUCAGCAAAAACAUGGAGGAAAUUGACCAAUAUGAUAUUCGUCAUCACUUUCAGCACUGUGAUAAUCUGCUCUGUGGUGGCUGCCGCCGUCGCUGCACCAGCUGUGCUGACAGCAUUGGCGGCUGCAGCGGCGGUGCCGCUAGGGUCAAUGGGGAAGUGGGUUAAUUCGUUAUGGAAGAAAUACGAGACAGAAUUGAAAGGGCAAAGGGAGAUGAUUCGUUCAAUGCGAAUGGGGAAUUCGAUUGUGAUCAAAGAUCUUGAUAAUAUCAAAGCUUUAGUGGAUAAAUUAGGGAUUGAGAUGCAGGGUUUGGUGCAAAACGCCCAAUUUGCAAUCAAGGAAGAUGAAGAAGAAGCGGUGGCUCUGGCGGUUGAUGAAAUGAAGAAAACAGUGAAUGAUUUUGCAAAAACGAUCGAUGAAUUGAGUGAUCAUUCGGAUAAAUGUUGCAGAGAUGUAAGGAGAGCAAGAUUAGUGAUUGUUCAGAAGAUCACGAAGCACCCUAGUGGCUCAAUUUAGCUUAUGUUGCUUUGGUAUUCACUAAAAGGAACAUUCUGUUGUUAAAAAAAUUGUUCAUAUCCAUUGAAAAGAUUUUGACAUGCUUUUAUUUGAUAGGUUUUUGUAAGAGCCAUGAUGGCUUUGAGGUUGUUAUUUUCCUAAUAAUUUUAUGGAUAGGAAAGAGGGUCAUCAUAACCCCAUCAUUUUUUUUUUGCAGUA